AUGCGCCGAUUCCUCUUCCCAUUGGGCGGAAACGGAGCGGUGUGCGCGGUCGCUUCUGGAGGAAACGGAGCGGCGCGGACGGCGGAUGAGGUGGAAACGGGGGUGGGAGCGGGCAGCGUUGACGUGAGCAGCACGUGCGUGAAUCCCGUGUUCCGCUCCUUCCCCAACCUCAAGGAGGGCGACGGCAACGAGGACGGGCCGGGCGGGCGCACGGCAGUGCGCGUGCUGUUCCUGAGCGAGGGCAACGUGUGCCGCAGCGUCGUGGCGGAGGCGGUUCUCACGGCCAUGGUCAGGGAGAAGGGGCUGGAAGAUUACAUCGUCUGCUCCUCCAAGGCAGUGCGCGACUACAACGUGGGCGAGAGCCCGGACUCGCGCGUGGUGCAGCUGGCGGGGCAGAGCGGCGUGGCGGUGGACGCUGCCCGCCAGGCCCAGCUGCUGCGCCCUGCAGAGGACGUCGUCGCGCACGACCUGCUCGUCGUCAUGGACAAGUUCAACGCAGCGGAUGUGCUGAAGGAGGUGUCGGUGUUUGACACCAUUGACCCCACGGCACGCUUCUCCUCCAAAGUGCGCCGCAUGGGCGACUUCUGCAAGUCCAGAACGGUGGACGACAUAGACGACCCGCUGUACGGCAACAUGGGCGGGCCCGAGGAGCUGGAGCUGUUGGGGGCGGCCAUCAACGACAUAGUGGACUGCUGUGACGGGCUGCUCACAGACCUCAUUGCCAUUCGCGCUGCCCUCGCAGAGGGGGAGAGCUUCCGUAACCAUCGCGUUGCUCUCGCGCUCAUAUUGAAUCGCCUUUCCGUCGCCCUUCCUCCCCCUCCUAUCACCCACUUCGUCGCCGUCACGCGCGCCUCAAAUCGCCCACCCUCGCCCCUACCGUCGCCAUCACCCUCGCGAUCUCCUCUCACAUCCCGUCGCCAUUCCUCUCUUGUUGCCCUUCCUCACUCCUGUCGCCAGUUCGCUAUCCCGUCGCCCUUCCUCUCUCUCGCCGCCCUUCCUGUCUCCCGUCGCCCUUCCUCCCCUGUCGCCCUUCUUCUCUCUCCUCCCGCCGCCCUCGCGUCUCAUCGCGAUCGCGUUCCCACCACACUCCCGUCACCCUCCGUCCUCGAUCCCGUGGCCUCGCUCUCUCCCAUCCCUUUCCGCCGCCCUCACUCUCUCCCCUGCCUUUCCGUCGCCCUCGUUCUCUCCCCUCCCUUUCCGCCGCCCUCGCUCUCUCCCCUCCCUUUCCGUCGCCCUCGCUCUCUCUCAUCCCUUUCUGUCGCCCUCGCUCUCUCCCCUCCCUUUCAGUUGCCCUUGCUCUCUCCCCUCCCUUUCCGUCGCCCUCGCUCUCUCCCCUCCCUUUCCGUCGCCCUCGUUCUCUCCCCUCCCUUUCCGCCGCCCUCGCUCUCUCCCCUCCCUUUCCGUCGCCCUCGCUCUCUCUCAUCCCUUUCUGUCGCUCUCGCUCUCUCCCCUCCCUUUCAGUUGCCCUUGCUCUCUCCCCUCCCUUUCCGUCGCCCUCGCUCUCUCCCCUCCCUUUCCGUCGCCCUCGUUCUCUCCCCUCCCUUUCCCUCGCCCUCGCUCUCUCUCAUCCCUUUCCGUCGCCCUCGUUCUCUCCCCUCCCUUUCCGCUGCCCUCAUUCUCUCCCCUCCCUUUCCGCCGCCCUCGCUCUCUCCCCUCCCUUUCCGUCGCCCUCGUUCUCUCCCCUCCCUUUCCGUUGACCCUUGUUCUCUCCCCUCCCUUUCCGUCGCCCUCGCUCUCUCCCCUCCCUUUCCGUCGCCCUCGCUCUCUCUCAUCCCUUUCCGUCGCCCUCGCUCUCUCCCCUCCUUUCCGUCGCCCUCAUUCUCUCCCCUCCCUUUCGUACUUGCUAUCUCCCCUAGCAUUCCGUCCAUUGCCCCGUGGACUGCCGCCGUCUCCGUCUCCCGCAAAGGCUGCUCGACAUCCGCCGUCCCGCGAGCCUUUUCCGGAGAUUGCUCCGACCCCCCGCGCGGCCUAACGUGCGGCGCGGGAAAGAAACCGGCGGAAGGAGUAGCACUCUCAGGGGAGGGGGAACGAGGGGUAGCGGGAUUGCCAUCUGACACAAGCCGGCUGAGCGACUCGGUUCUAGACGCCGGGUCGGUUCGCGAAGGCGAUUCGGAAUUAGGUUCUGAUUCCGCGUUAGAGUCUGAUUUGGGCCCGACGCCGCCAGGCACGCUCACUAAGUCGGCCAGCGUGCCGGAAAUCGCGGCGGAAGUUGCGGCGAAAAUCGCGGCGGAAAGCACGGCGGGGUCGGGCGUGCUAGUGGAGAUGGACGUGGUUCGCGCGAACUUCGAGGAGGGUCUGGCGGCGCUCGAGGCGGCUUUAAAGACGUGCGACCUGGUGGCGUUCGAUGGCGAGUUCACGGGGUUACACGUCAGCAACACCAGCAACUACGGGUUGCAGCUGCUGGAUUCGCCGCAGCAGCGGUACGAGCGCGUGAAGGAGGGCGCUGGCAGCUUCUUCACCAUGCAGCUGGGCUUCAGCGCGCUGACAUGGGACGAGGCCAGAGCGGCAUACAGUGCGCGCACCUUCAACUUCAACAUCUUCCCGCGCCCCUUCCCUGGCUUUGACCUGCGCUUCCUCUGCCAGGCAUCAUCAAUGGAUUUCUUAGCGCGCAACAACUUUGACUUCAACAAGUUCGUCUACCAAGGCGUGCCGUACCUGCCACUGGAGAAAGCCGAGAGGGAGAGGCGGCGACUGCGAGCGUCAUUCCGGAGCAGCAAGGGCGGGGCAGAGAACGGGGCAGGGAGCGCAGACGCGAGCAGCAGCAGGCAGGUGCAGCAGCAGCGGGCGCCCAUAGUGCUGUCUCGGCCCGAGGACAGACUGGCAGUGGGACAGCUACUGGAUGACGUGCGCACCUGGGUGCUCUCCACGUCGCCCCCUCCCACUCACCUCGCCUCUCUCUCCUCACCUGCUGCUGCUGCUGCUGGUGGUGCUGGUGGUGCUGCUAAUGGCAAGGCUGGUGCUGCCAGUGGGGAAGCAGUCACCAAACAAGGAGCAGCAGGCGAGGCGGGAAGAGGAGAAGCAGUAGGAGCAGCAGCAGAGGGGAAGGGGGAGGGCGAGGAGCACGGGGCGGUGCAGCUGCAGGUGGUGGUGGGUAACUCGUUCCUGCGCGCUGCCCUGCUGCAGCAGCUGGAGGAGGAGUUUGGGCAGACCGCCUUCUAUGUCGUGCGCGGAGAGGUGAGGCGGUGUGCUGCUGAGGUGCGCCCCCAACGCGGCCCUGAAACCCUCCUUCUCGUCCGCGCAACCCAGGAGGACGCGGAGGAGUGGGGGCGGCAGGAGGAGCAGCGGCAGCAGCAGCAGCUAGAAUCAUCCAUCGGGUUCACUCGGGCAGUGGAGGCGGUGAUGCGAGUGAGCAGGGAGCGGCGUGUGCCGCUGCUGGCGCACAACUGCCUGUUUGACCUCGCGUACCUCUUCCACCACUUCAUCCGCCCCAUGCCCGACUCCCUCGAUGACUGGCGCCGCCAGUUCCUAGAAGCUUUCCCAGGCGGCGUCUACGACACCAAGCACCUUGUCUCACUCCUCCCACCUGCACUGCUCCCCCCAAGCACCUCCCUCUCUUCACUCUUCGAGUUCUUCUUCCACCGCCCCGCCUCACCCCCAUCCACUCCCGUGGGUCACAAGGAGGUGGUGCACGGGGAGGGUUUCAACCGCUACAGGCAUCUGUCGCCAGACAACCCUGCCAUGGCACAUGAAGCAGGCUUUGAUGCGUAUAUGACAGCAGCAGUCUUCAUUGCCAUCUCCUCGCUCCUCGCCUCGCCUACCCUCUCCGCCAAG